GCACUGCGUGGGGAAUUCGCCAAGAGUUUUCAACCAUCGGAAAUAUUUCCAAUGCGAAAAGCCAAUGUGAACUUGAAUACUUGGGAUGACUGAAGUGAAUUGAAAAUAAAGUGAUUGCAACAUUGAUAUUGAUUAGAAAAAAAGUGUUUCCAAUAGAGAAGAAAUAUUGUUGCUGAGAUAAUGAUUUUAUGAAGGCAGCAGUGCUUGUUGCCACAGGGACUCUAAGUCGGUGUUUAACGAAGUCACGGAAUAUAGUUGAAUAGUUCUGCACGUGAAAAAAAAUAUUAAAUUAGUGUGCACAGGAAUUUUAAGGGACUAUAAGUGUAUACAAUAAUCGCGGGCGAGAUGUCGGAGUGUGGUGGACCAGGGAUUGAGCCUACCUUGGUCAAUGCUCGAUGGAGUUUGGUUCAGUUCUCACUACUAGCUUGCUAUACAGCAGGUUUCCAUGGAGUCACGAGCUUUCCUUAUUACAUACAUAAACAUUCAGGUCUUUUUCUGGUAGCAUUCUACGUGUUAAUGGUCCUAAUUUGCAUACCAGUUUGUUAUGUGCAGAUUAAACUUGGCGCUUUGUUCAAGAGAGGAAUCGUCGGUAUAUUCAGCAUUCUUGUACCCAUUUUGAAAGGAGCUGCAGUGUCUAUUCUUGUACUCACAUAUAUCCGGUGUUUGUUACACGGGGUGGAACUAAGUUACGCCCUAUACUUUGCAUUUGCAUCAUUGCAGUGGCCGUAUCCGUGGGCAGCGCAAACUGGUGUGAACAAUACAAUAAGUGAACUGAAAUUUCACCACCGACCUGCCGACAAGUACUUCCAUGAGGAUUUCCUACAAAAGUCGGAACAUAUUGGAGAAGGUGGUUACAUUGUAUGGUAUAUUGCGUUGUGUCUGUUGGCAACAUGGGUCGCUAUAUAUUUCCUUACAUUUAGAGGGACGUCUCUAAUUGCAAAGAUCGCCUAUAUCCUGACACCAACCACAAUUUUCACGUUAUUAGUCGUGAUGAUCUAUGGUUAUGCUGCGAUACCCAAUGCUUCAACAGCCGUAAACAGGCUCCUGACCAGCCGGGGAGAAAAGAUCGAAUACACACCAACACAAUACUUCUUCCUCAACAAUGAAGUUAACUACAAGCUGGGACAUCCCGGGCCUUGGAUCGACGCACUGAAUUUACAUAUCAACAGUGUUGGAUUGUGGUCUGGCGUUUUGCCCACACUAGGAACGCUUGUCUUCAACAGAAAAUAUGUCGUCAAUGCAUCUACGUUUAAGGUAUUUUAUACACCUAUACACAACGAUGAUCCGUACUUCUCGCGUAAGCGUGUACAGUUCAUUAAGAAUAAAUUCCGUAACAUGUGA